AGAACGGUGUGUCUUCCUCCUGAUGUACGUGUAGUGACUUCCUUUCUCUGGUGUGAGCGUAGUACUUCCUCCCCUGAAGUCUACUGGCCUCGUUCCUGAUUUACUGGUUGAAGCACAGGAAAGCAGGCAGCCGGGCAGGCCAGAGCGACGGCAAAUACAGUCCACAUGUUUCUCAGGUCUUGUUUACUUCAUCACACACUGCAGACCGGAUCACUUAGAUCACUGAAAUGUCUUCAAUAUUCCACCUCUUUCAAGAGUAAGCAAACACCUGAAGAGAAUGGGAAAAUAUAUGAUUUAUCUUCUUAUGAGCUACCAUAUUCUUUGAAAGAAAAAGAUUGUAUAAUAAGAACUAUAAAUGAUGCCUCUGCAGCAGAUCUUGCCAGAUUAAAUGUGACUAAAGGCAUUAUUAAGAAGCUGAUGAAAAGCAAGUCUCAAGUUGGCUCAUUUCAAGAUGUAUCACAGCUUUUUUACAUUGAUGGUUUGGGAAUAAAAGCUAUUGAAAAUAUAUGCACAUCGGUGUUAGAGAAUAAGGAGACGGCCAAUUCUUCUGGGGAUGUGCUGGAAGAUUUAAAAGAUGUGGUAUAUAAGAAACGUUUGGUGAAGCCCAAGCUGAGCUUAGUCAUAAGAAAUACACUCGAGACAAUGGUGUCAUUACAUGUGACAGCUGGUGCCUUGGCUUGGACAAAAUUUGAUCGUAGUGGCAAAGUACUUGGUUUCCACUGUGAGGAGCUGCUCAGCUCCGAUUCACAAUUUGAUGCCAUAAAGAUUUAUGAAAUGGUUAAAGAAGCGGCAGAGAAGAUUCCUCCAGCUGAUCUCUAUGUGUGGGAGGAACUAAACAGCUAUGGGCACCUUAAGAAAGCCUCACUUGGCACUGUCAUCAUUUCUCUGCAGUUAGCUCAGAUAAAAGGGAUAAUAACUACUGUAUUAGACUAUCGCCAGGACAGCAUGGGUGAUCGCCUAGUCUAUCUACGAAAUACUUUGGUGCCCAAAUUAUUUGGACUUCAGAUAGGACAAGAUAGAGCUCCUGGCCUACAGUUGACUGACAAGUUAAUGGAAGGCAAGCAAGAGAUAGAUUGGCUUCCACCCCUACCGCUAGACCAAGAUAUACAAGAAUCAUAUUUUAACAUUGAAAUCAGUUACAGAAGAUAUGUGGCAAGUUCUCUCUUAACUGGUUUAGCAUUCCACCAAGUUAUUCUUCAGCAUAAUAAUCACGCUCUGAAAAUUUUAUGUAAAUAAUAUAUAGCUUAGAAAUCUGACUAUUUUUAUUAAUGGUAUGCUGAGAAUCUUACAAUCUCUAUAUAUACCGAUACUGUACAUUACCCCAUUUCCCACUUUAAUGAUAUUAGUUAAAUCUGUUAAGUAAAAUACUAAAACUC